ACAUGCACGGAUCCACCGGGCUGAACAUUAACAAGUUCACAAUAGGGGGAAAAUGGCCACCUCUGGACUGAACAUCUAUUUACCUUUUGUAGAUAAAGAAGCGGUUGAUCUGCAACUGUUCUACAUCAGAAAUCCAAUAACGAGCGGCGCUAUGAAGACUGAUUUAAAAAAAAUACUAUUUAAAUUUAAACAUCAAUUCUGGAAUAGGCGGUAAAAGAAAUUUGCAUCGCAGUUAAUCUCGCUGGGGACAACUGGUAGGCGCGUGUUAAAUAUUGCACGGAGCAUUUUCCCAACACAAAAUACGAGGCAGUGGGGCAGAGUCAAAAGUUUCAAGACAAUGUUAUUCUUAAAUGUUCUUUGCUAACGAUUUAAAUUACUUUGAAUUACGCUGUAUUUUAACCGUGGGAUAAAAUGUAAACCAAUCAACCUGGCCUUAACCUUUCAAUUGAUUUAUUUUCAAAUACCUAUCUUGACAUUUUCAUUUCGGAUUGAUCGAAAAAGGGUCCACACCACCAUAAAACCUUUUAUCGUGAUGUACACAUGUCUUCGUGCCUAUUAGACUGUGCCACGCUGUAAGGAAUGUCUAGCAUUUAUUUACAUGCCAUCUUUCACAUUACUUUGAAACGGUCGCGGAACAUUAUUCAAUUUAUGAACAAUAUGUACACACAGCAAAGUCGCAAACCUGCGGGCCAAUUUGCACACAGCAAUCUUCCUCGAACAGAAAUAUGGCCAUGGCUAGGUAAUCAAUUUCGUGAUAGUGGCUGGGUUUAAAUAGUAAUAACGUUCUUUGCGUCCACCUUUCCCCCAAGGCAGUACAAGGGAAUCCGAAAGGCAGGAUCUGUGCCCGUUCUGUGUACAAGUUGUAGCUGCAAUGGGAUUGAAGCCGGAAUGUUCAGAUGAUGGGAUUCAGUGAAGAGAUUCAUCACUAUGAUCGAUAAAGGCAUUUAUAUUGUGCAAGGUGAAAUAAAUAGUGUUGUUGGUGCCAUUAAGCGAAAUUCAAGAUGGACUACACAUACUCCAUUGGAAGAAGAGCAAGACCCGCUUCUAAAUUGUUUCAACCAUCUUAAAGAAGUGCUGAACCAUAUAACAGAGCUUUCAGUGAUUGAACCAAAUAUAUUUCUUCGACCUUUUCUGGAGGUGAUCAGAUCAGAAGAUACAACUGGACCUAUCACUGGGUUGGCACUAACGUCUGUUAACAAGUUCCUCUCUUAUGGAUUGAUAGACCCCAAUCAUGAAGGUGCAGCAGAGGGAAUUGAAAAUAUGGCUGAUGCUGUCACACAUGCUCGUUUUGUGGGCACAGACCCUGCGAGUGACGAAGUUGUCCUAAUGAAAAUCCUGCAGGUCUUGAGAACCUUACUCCUUACUCCUGUUGGUGCUCACCUGACUAAUGAAUCUGUUUGUGAAAUUAUGCAGUCAUGUUUUCGAAUAUGCUUUGAAAUGAGGCUCAGUGAGUUAUUGAGGAAAUCUGCUGAACACACACUGGUCGACAUGGUGCAGCUGCUGUUCUCAAGGUUACCUCAAUUUAAAGAAGAAGCCAAAAGUUUUGUGGGAACCAGUAUGAAGAAGCUUAAAAUGAGGGCUGGAGGAAUGAGUGACUCAUCCAAGUGGAAAAAGCAGAAGAAAUCACCACGACCUUCUCGUCACGCCAACAAACUUGCACUUGCGUCCGAUCAGCAGUCAGUUCCUGGCCAGGUCUUGCAUGGUUCAAUCGGUUCUGUACCUCAGCUCUUGAACAAUCAUCCAGGUGAAACAUCCUUCCUGGAACAUUCGGUGAUACCUGUGAGCAGUGCAGGUUCUGAAAAUGCAUCAAUUAUCUUAAGCCCUGCCACAGACAGUGGCGUGGAAUUUUCUUCAAAGACAGCAUCAAAAGAAGACCUCACUGAUCUUGAUCAAGUCACUCCAGCAAGCACCCCUACCGGUGAACCAGCAGAAGAGAAAAGUAUAGAGUCGCUUGCUCAGCACGAGUCUCAGGGCAGAAGAUUGGAUGAAUUUUUGCCGAAGGAAGAGAAGGCUCAAUUCACAUCGGUGGAAUCUAUUCCAGAAGUGUUAGAAGAUCGGGACUCCCUCACAGAAAUAUCUGACACUGCUUCAAUCCAUGAAGUACAUGAUAUGGACUAUGUUAACCCUCGUGGGGUUAGGUUUACUCAGUCAACGCAGAAGGAAGGUGCCGCUUUGGUUCCAUACGGUUUGCCAUGUAUCCGAGAGCUCUUCCGUUUCCUAAUAUCCCUCACCAAUCCACAUGAUCGCCACAACUCUGACGUGAUGAUUCAUAUGGGUUUGCAGUUGCUUACCAUAGCAUUGGAAUCAGCAGCAAUUGCUAAUUACACAUCACUGCUGGGUCUUAUUAAAGAUGAGCUCUGCCGGCACCUGUUCCAGCUGUUAAUUGUUGAACGUCUUAAUUUAUACGCCACUUCUCUCCGGCUAUGUUUCCUUUUAUUUGAGGGCAUGAGGCAACAUCUUAAGUUCCAACUUGAGAUGUAUUUAAAGAAACUAAUGGAUUUGGUCACUUCGGAGAAUCCCAAGAUGCCCUAUGAAAUGAAAGAGAUGGCUUUGGAGGCAUUAGUUCAACUCUGGCGAAUCCCAAGCUUUGCCACAGAACUGUACAUCAACUUUGAUUGUGAUUUCUACUGUUGUAAUCUUUUUGAAGAUCUUACCAAACUUCUUUCCAAGAAUGCUUUUCCUGUGUCUGGACAACUGUACACCACUCACUUGUUGUCACUCGAGGCCCUGUUAACAGUUAUUGACAGCACGGAGGCUCACUGCCAAGCCCGAGUUCUCAAUAAUGCUCUGCAACAGGACAAGGAUGGAAGUACGCUGACAAUGGAAACUAAUCACAGCAAAGAGAACUCUAAUGGCAGUGAAAGGGCAGGGGUUAAUGCUGCAUCAGCUCCUUCAGAUGUGGAACCAUCACUACCUCAUCCUCCUACCAGUGGUCACCUUAUGGCUCAGAAAAUGAAACUAGGUCGGCAACUUGAGGAAAAUGAAACAGUAGAGAAGAAGACGCCAAAGAAGCCACCUCGAUUCUCGUCUUUCCUACCAACUGCUCAAGAAUUGUUGAAGAUAAAAUCCAAGAAGAAGCUUCUUAUCACUGGAACGGAACAAUUUAACCAGAAACCAAAGAAAGGCAUUCAGUUUCUUCAGGAAAAGGGCUUGCUUGCAUCUCCCAUGGAUAAUCGCGAGGUAGCUCAGUGGCUGCGGGAAAAUCCUCGUCUGGACAAGAAAAUGAUUGGCGAGUUUAUCAGUGAUCGGAAAAGUAUUGAACUUCUGGACAGUUUUGUUGGGACAUUUACAUUCCAAGGAUUGAGAAUUGAUGAAGCACUGCGCUCAUAUCUAGAAGCUUUCAGACUUCCUGGUGAAGCCCCUGUAAUUCACAGAUUAUUAGAAGUCUUCACAGAUCAUUGGCAUAAAAUUAAUGGAUCACCAUUUGUUAACAACGAUGCCUGCUUUGCUCUUGCUUAUGCUGUAAUAAUGCUCAAUACGGAUCAGCAUAAUCACAACGUUCGUAAGCAAAAUGUGCCGAUGACGCUGGAGCAAUUCAAAAAGAAUUUGAAAGGAGUUAAUGGCUCCAAAGAUUUUGACCAAGAUAUGUUAGAAGACAUCUACAAUGGAAUAAAGAAUGAUGAGAUUGUGAUGCCUGAGGAACAAACGGGUUUUGUGAGAGAAAACUAUAUAUGGAACGUACUUUUGAAUCGUGGGAGCUCGUCAGAAGGCAUCUUCCUCCAUGUGCCUCCAGGAAGCUUUGAUCAUGACCUAUUCACCAUGACGUGGGGUCCCACUAUAGCUGCACUUUCCUAUGUUUUUGACAAGAGUUUAGAUGAAACAAUAAUACAGAAGGCAAUAUCUGGAUUCAGGAAAUGCGCCAUGAUUUCAGCUCAUUAUGGACUAAGUGAUGUGUUUGACAAUCUUAUUAUUUCCCUGUGCAAAUUUACAGCUCUUAGCAGUGAGUCUGUAGAGAAUCUUCCAAAUGUUUUUGGUAGCAAUGCGAAAGCUCAACUGGCAGCCAAGACGGUGUUUAAUCUGUCACAUCGUCAUGGCGACAUUCUUAGAGAGGGGUGGAAGAACAUUAUGGACGCAAUGCUGCAACUUUUCCGUGCUGAGCUUUUGCCCAAAGCCAUGAUAGAGGUAGAAGACUUUGUGGAGCCCAAUGGGAAAAUCUCACUUCAGCGGGAAGAAACACCCUCAAAUCGUGGUGAAUCCACAGUCCUGAGUUUCGUUAGUUGGCUGACACUAAGUGGUAAUGAACAGUCUGGUCUAAGGGGACCCUCUAUAGAGAACGAAGAGGCCAAGCAAGCAGCUCUGGAAUGCAUUAAGCAAUGUGACCCUGAGAAGCUGAUUACUGAGAGCAAAUUCCUUCAGUUGGAGUCUCUUCAAGAGCUGAUGAAGGCCCUCAUUUCUGUUACACCAGACGAGGAGACCUAUGAUGAGGAAGAUGCGGCUUUUUGCCUUGAGAUGCUGCUCCGGAUCGUACUGGAAAACAGAGAUCGUGUCUCCUGUGUCUGGCAAACUGUACGAGACCAUCUGUACCAUUUGACUGUUCAUGCCACAGAGCAAUGCUUCCUUGUUGAAAGAGCCGUUGUAGGUCUUCUGAGGCUGGCAAUACGGUUGCUACGCAGAGAGGAGAUCAGUUCACAGGUGCUUCACUCCUUGAGAGUUCUGCUCAUGAUGAAACCAAUUGUCUUAUCAAGAGUGAGCCGACAAAUUGCAUAUGGCUUGCAUGAGCUGCUGAAGACCAAUGCUGCCAACAUUCACUCGAGUGAUGACUGGUGUACCUUGUUUACGCUCCUAGAAUGUAUUGGCGCAGGAGUCAAACCUCCACCUGCUCUACAGAUAGCAUCUGGAGUUGAUAGCCAUGAUGCAGGUGCGCAGUCUGAUAGUGAAAUUGCAUCCUACCAUCCUAGUGAAGUUAAUUCAGAUCGUGGCUACACCUCAGACUCUGAAGUGUAUGCAGAGCAUGGGAAGCAGACCAAGGUACACCGUUCUGCCACUGAUGUUGACAUUGCCAGCAGUGGCUGGCUGGUGGUGGGGAGAGAUGACUUGGAUACCAACAAAGCCUCUGGCCAAGGCAUGAAGCCGGGCUGCUCUCCUCUAGUCAAUCAGUACAGCCUAACUUUGGGACAGGAUCUGGGCUCACACGAUACUAAGUCACUUAUCAAGUGUGUGGAAUCACUGUCGUUUAUUGUAAGAGAUGCCGCCCAUGUAACACCAGAAAAUUUUGAACUUUGUGUAAAAUCAAUUCGCAUCUUUGUAGAAGCAAAUCUCAACGGUGGGUAUAAAACACAUGAGAGGAAAUCUAAAACAUACAAAUUUGACAAAUCAAACCGACUAAAGAAGAAACAAAAGGAAAAGGAGAGUUCGAUGAAGCGGUCCAAGUCUUUUAACCAUCGUCCAUCAAAGUUGCAUAGUGAUGAUGAUGAAGACGACAGUGUACCCGCAAGUUAUCACACUGUGUCAUUGCAGGUUAGUCAGGAUCUUCUGGAUUUGAUGCACACACUACACACCAGAGCUGCCAACAUCUACAGCUCUUGGGCUGAAGAACAGCGCCACCUGGAGCCGGCAGGAAAGAAAAUUGAUGCUGAUGCCAGAACUUUGUGGUUGAACUGCUGGUGUCCGCUGUUGCAAGGCAUUGCGUGGCUGUGUUGUGAUGCCAGGCGCCAAGUCAGAAUGCAAGCACUUACUUACCUACAGAGAGCACUGUUAGUGCAUGAUCUGCAAACACUGGAUGCUUUAGAAUGGGAAUCCUGCUUUAACAAGGUAUUGUUUCCAUUACUGACAAAACUUUUGGAGAAUAUCAGCCCAGCUGAUGUUGGAGGGAUGGAAGAGACCAGAAUGCGAGCUUCAACCUUGCUUUGCAAAGUUUUCCUCCAACAUUUGUCUCCGUUGUUGUCUCUACCAACAUUUGCUGCUCUGUGGUUAACGAUCCUGGAUUUCAUGGACAAGUAUAUGCAUGCAGGAUCCAGUGACUUGCUGUUGGAAGCAAUUCCAGAAUCACUAAAGAACAUGCUACUGGUCAUGGAUACAGCUGGCAUUUUCCACUGUGCUGAGUCGAGGACUGGUUAUUCCCAGCUUUGGGAGAUUACAUGGGAAAGAAUCGAUUGUUUCUUGUCUCGUCUAAAGGAUGAACUCUUCAAACAAACAGUUAUUCAAGAUCCUGUCCUUGGUGUACCAGACCCAUCUUCUAAUUCAAUGCAGCAUUUUAGUGGACAAGCAUCUAUACUCCCUGGUUCAGACACAAAUCCAUCUGGUCAAAUUACAGCAUCAGAAAAACCCACAGAGGCUUGUGCCAAAGAUUCUGAACACAUGCACGUUGGAGGGACUCCCAGCCUUACUCCGCUCUCUACACCAGUGAAGAUGAAUGUCGGGCCAGAUGUUAAUCAGCCAGUUGUACAGUCCCCUUUAAUUCUGCACCCUCUUACUUCAUCACUUCAAGUUGGUGUGCCACCUAUGCCUUUACCAAUUAUACUUAACCCUGCUUUAAUUGAAGCAUCAUCUCCUGUCCCACUGUUGUCCCCACCACGUCCUGCCAACACGUCGACGGCAUCUGAAGUGAACUAAUUCCUCUAGAUUAGGAAAGGAUCAGUUUAUUUAACAUGUUCUUCUGUUUUGUAUUAUGACAAUAUACUUCUUUUUGUCAAGCUUUUUUAAAAAUAAUUUCUCACCUUUUCGAACCAGUCACUGACUCUAAUGUUCAAUUUGUGUGAAGAAAUCAUGCAUCCAUCACUGCAAAGAAUGUAUUGCUCCAGAUACCAUUAUUUAUUUUUGGAGCAUUAGCCAUAUUGAGCGCCAAAUACUGUCAAACAUUCAAUGUAGAGUACGACCGAAGGCAAAAGCCAUCUGUGUUGCAUUGCAAUGUUUUAUUCAUUAUCUGCUCAAGUUAUCAAUGUUUCUAAAAUGCUGUUUGCCACAUUAUAAUGAACAUGAAAAUGUGUUUUUUGGCUGUAAACUAACAUUAAGUUAUCUGUAUAGUAGCCCUUUAUUUAAGUGAUAUGUUUCAAGUAAUUUUCAGAAGAUAAGUGACAAUGUGAAGGGCUACAACAGGACCCUGAUACUCAGGUUGCAUAAUACAAAAGAGCAAGAGAUAAACAACCUUGUUACAGUAAUAAAAUGCAUGAUUUUUUUUAAAUAUCAUGCAGCAGGAUGGAUGUUUUACCUAACCCAAAUGUGAUAGUCAAAGUAUUCCACCCUUUGAAACCUCAUGUUAAGUUCCAUUUCAUAGUAGCUUAUUUCCUUUCCCAGGACUUGGCUUGUUUUUGUUGUCAAAUGUAAGUUUGUCAACUUUAGAUUUUCACCCCAAUUAAUAAUUUUUGUUCAAUGGUUUUGGUUUGUAUUUCCAAUUGUCUGCAGUUUCUAGGAAGUUUCUAUACUGCAUAUUAAAUGGAAACCUAGUGUAAAACAUUAAGUGUAUAAAUGAAUUUGCAGUGGUUACGAUUUUCACUUGUACCAAUAUAUUUAGAGAUGUGAAAUUGUAAUAUAAAAAAAAUAAUGCCGGUGGAUAUGUUGAGCUUGCUUUACAUUCCUGUCCUGUUUGCUUCCCAUAUAGCCUGAAUUAGCUGUAAAUGACCCAAAACAUAAAUAGGCAUGAAGGCCAAAGCUUGUGUAAUUUGAGACCAACAGAAUCUAUAUUCAAAGUCUUUGUUACUUUGUUCUAAAUUUUGUACAUUUCACGAAGAUUUUAAUUUAAUGUGUGCAAAAUGGCAACAAAACUUUCUGUGUUUAUGGUAAAACUUAAAUGAUCUGUCCCACAUUCUCUGGGUGAGAAUGGGGGAGGGAUAGUAGACAUAGGUAAUGUAUAUAGAAAGAAUGGUUUAAAGAAAAUUUAAAUGUACUUUUUACAGUAAUAAAUAUCAAAAUGUAAAGAAAUUUAGCUGUGGUUUAUUGAUUUAACCAGGUGAUCUGUGAGGAGUUACAGCAAGUAGCUUUCUUUAUUGAAUUUAUAUUGAAAAAGCAAAUUAAAUUAUACAUCACAUUUAUGCAAAAUCUUAUUCUGAAACAAAUUGUCUGGGCCUGGAAGGUCACAAUGGCACGUUCCAGCUAAAAGACAAUUGAAACAGACUAGUGGUGCUCAUGCAGUGUUAAAUCUUUGGGAACAUUUAAGGUGAAUUUUGUCAACUUGCUGUAAACAUGUCUUGUGUCAUGGCCAACAGACCUCAGUUGAAUGAAUUACAAUAAUUACGAUCCAAGGAAUUCAAGUUAAUAAAUUACUUGAAUAAUGCACCGGCAUUUCAGAAAAGUUCUAAAUGUUCCAUUACGGUAGGCAUACAUGACAUUUUGUCUAAACAUCUAGCCCAAAUAAAUGUUAUGGUUACAUUUAAUUCCUUCAGCAACAUGGCAUAAUUUUCCCAACUUGAACAUCUCCAUUAGGAAAAGAUGCUUCAUUUCAGACUUAUGAUCUGUUCUUGUCUACUUAUGCUACUUAUUGAGUACCUCCAAAAUAUGCAGUAUUUGAUAUCUCUUUACAAAUGUGCAUGACAAGGUGAUUAAUCUAUAUUUAUUUAUUUAAAAGUUGUCAUCGUCCAUGUGUACAACUUCAAUGAACAAAGAGAAAGAACAUGUGCUUUAUUCUGCCCUUUACUUAUAAGAGAAAUUAAAAGUUGGUCACACAGAGCCAGGCUUCCACUGACACCAGGCAGCUGUUCAGCCCACUGUUCAUGCCAACUUCCAUUUAGGUUCCCUUGUGAUCUUACAACUUGUUCUAAUAUGCCCAGUAACUCGCCCUUGUUACUUUUUACCAUUUAUCUACAAUUGAGAUUUUAAAAAAAGAUUAGCACGUGUAGAGGGGAUGUUGGGAAUCCAACUGCUUACAAGAGAGUAGCAUCCAAGGUAGAUAGAAAAGCUAAAUCAUUCAUUUAAACCCACUUGGGUAAAACUGGAAACUCGUGCACAGGCUAUAGGUUCAAAUUGCAGCCACAUUAUUCUCAUGGUUUUAUUGGACAAUGACCCUCCUUCCACAAUAUUUAACAUACUUUAAAGAGCCCAUGUGUUUCUUUAGAAUUACUUGCCUCAGAACAUCCAGAUAUUUUUUUUAUAGUUUUUUUAAAACUUGUCACAUAUGAAAUCACACAGCAAAUGGUAUUGGAGGAAAUAUAUGCAGCAAUAUUGCUUUCAAUUUUAUGUUGUUCUUUUACACACUAGAAUGUGAAACCAAUACACUAGCGUAACAAAAGGAAUACUUAACCACAAUUACAUGAAGUCAUUUGUCUAGCAUGAUAUAUUUUCCACUAGACUGUUAAAUGUCACAAUUUUCUUAAAAAUCUAAACUUUCAAUGUUUUAGUAAAAUCACAAAAAAAACCUGCAAAAGAUGCACAGUA